CCCUUUGACAACCCGCCAUUUUGAAACGUUGUUGAUUUUCUGCGAGGAAGCGAGUAACGCUAAGCUCACGCGAAGCCCCGCCCCUCUUCUGUUAACGGCGGGUCUUGUCUCUUGAAGGGUUUUGUUUUGUCGCCGUCUGGGCCGCCUGGGUCGCCGCUGGACCCAUUUUCUUAGAACCGCCUCGAGGAAUCCGUCGGCGACGAGAAAGAAAGCAGAUAUGUCUUCUGUUUCUGAAAAAGAUGAUUUACUGUCUACGGAACAAAUGGAAAAAAGAGAACCACGAACUGAAAACAAAGCUGAAAAUAGUGAGGAAGAUGAGGAGGAAGAAGAAGAGGAGGAAAAAGAAAAGAGCCUCAUUGUUGAAGGAAAGAGAGAGAAGAAAAAAGUAGAAAGGUUGACAAUGCAGGUGUCAUCAUUACAGAAAGAACCUUUUACAAUUACACCAGGAAAGGGUCAAAAACUUUGUGAAAUUGAAAGAAUACAGUACUUUUUAAGCAAGAAGAAAACUGAUGAACUUCGAAAUUUGCACAAACUUCUUUACAACAGGCCAGGCACAGUUGCUUCACUGAAAAAGAAUGUAGGACAGUUCAGUGGCUUUCCAUUUGAAAAAGGAAGCGAUCAGUACAAGAAAAAGGAAGAAAUGCUGAAAAAAUACAGAAAUGCAAUGCUAAAAAGCAUAUGUGAAGUUCUUGAUUUGGAAAGAUCAGGAGUUAACAGUGAACUGGUAGCAAGAAUCUUAAACUUCCUAAUGCAUCCAAAACCUUCAGGCAAGCCAUUGCCCAAAUCCAAGAAAACACCCAACAAAGGUGGUAAAAAAGAACGUAGUAGCUCUGGAACAGCACGGAAAGCCAAACGCACCAAAUGUCCUGAAAUCCUGACAGAUGAAUCUAGUAGUGAGGAAGAUGAAAAGAAAGAAAAAGAUGAAUCAUCUGAAGAAGAUAAAGAAAGUGAAGAAGAGCGACCUAAAAAGUCAACUAAAAAAGAAAAACCCAAACAAAAAGUAGCUUCAAAAAGCAAAAAGGGCUCAAAAAAUGCCAAUGUCAAGAAAGCAGAUAGCAGUACAACCAAGAAGAGUCAGAAUUCUUCCAAAAAAGAAAGUGAAUCUGAGGAUAGUUCAGAUGAUGAGCCUUUAAUUAAAAAAUUGAAAAAGCCACCCACAGAUGAAGAAUUGAAAGAAACUGUGAAGAAACUACUUGCUAAUGCAAAUUUGGAGGAAGUUACUAUGAAACAAAUUUAUAAAGAGGUAUAUGAAAACUAUCCCAGUUAUGACUUAUCUGACAGAAAAGAAUUCAUCAAAAAGACAGUGGAAGAGCUCAUUUCAUGAUCUAAUGGGAAGAAAAUGAAGGCUGCAGACUUGUUCCCCUGGAUUUAAAUAUUUUACAAAUACCAGCAAAAUGUAAACUUUAUUAUUUUUGUUCUGACUAAUUUUUGUUUUGCUCUUUUGGUAUAACAUAGUAUUAGUCAGAGAUGACUCUAUUGGCUUAAUGUUCUGAGUGUUAAUGGGAAUUACCAACUUUUAAAAAACUGAGUUUAAUAUAGUUCAUACAUUUUGCAUGUACCCUGCUUUUAAUUUGUACAUCAUGAUAUUUCUUUGUAAAAGCAGUUCUAUAGCUAUUGUAGGUUUUAGUGUUUGUAAUGUAGAGAUUUUUUUAAAAGAACAAUUCAUAUGAAAGCUGUUGUAUUAGUACAUACACAUGCAGAGACUGUCAAAUACUGCAGUAUUGGGCAUUACAUUUAUUUUGAAUGCAUACCCAUUCUCUGUCAGGAGCAAGUCACAUGCUCUGACUAGGAGUGCUGUUAUGUUUUUACUAUCUUGCAUGUGUAUACAGCUGAAACUUGUAAAGCAUGAUCAAUCACAAAUAGAUAUUAUUUUUGUACUUUUAAAAGCUUUUGUAUAUAAGCUUAAUUCAGAUUUCUUUGCUUAAAACCAGGUUAAGAAAGAAAAAAAUGUGUUUUAGGAGAUUUAUGACCAGUAUCAGUGUUUAUGAAUCAAGUUAUGAUUAUGAUUAAGUAGGAAGUAAAUAUAACCACCAUACAAAAGAUAAGGCAUUUGUUUUUUGUAAGGAAUUUCUUAAUUGCACUCAUUUUUCAGUGUUUAAUUGAGUGCCGAAGAUUAUAGCUCUAAAGACUUAAUGUGAUAUCCUGUACUGCUAAUACAUAGGAAAAAUAAAUAUGACUUCUAAAAUGUAUUUUCAAAGGUGGGUAAAAAUAAAGGUCAUUCUGAAUAAUAUUUCAGAGUAGAGUAUUGACCAUUUAUCUGAUAUCAGUUGAAUAGUUUAGUAUUCUUGCGCAUCUAUAGCCUCAUUUUGGACUUUCAGAAUCUGUAAAAGGGAGGAUACAUACGUAAAUGCAUUAAUCUUAGGCACCUACUGCUUAGUAUGAUAUUCUACAUUAAAAUCUCAAUUCUGCAAAUAAUUGUUUGUGAAACUUUUAUUCAAAUCCAGAAUUAGGUACCUGUUCACAAAAAUCUUUUAAGGAGUCGGAUAAUCAUGUGUUAAAAUUUCCAACAAAUGCCAAAUAAAUAUGUGUCAUAAUGUGAAGUCAAGUGUAACUAAUUUCUCUAUGACUGUAUUGAUUAAAAUGAUUGCUGGUUUUAAAUAACGUAUUAAUAUGUAGCUGAGGAAUCAGAGAUCAUAGAUCUAUAUUCUGAAAAUAUUGUUAACUGAUUGAUCUCUAUCAUUUUUACCACUUUCUUUGCAUGCAAUCAUUUUUAUUAAGACUGAGUGUAAUACAGUUUUGUAUUCAAUAAAUGUCUUUAAGGAAAAUGUAUAUUGAUAUUUUAAUACAUGUACAGUAAAACUUGAUAAAGAAUCAAAGGUGCCUGUGUGUGUCAUCUAGACGAAAAAUGCCUUGCUUUACAAAGAAACACAUGCUAAACAAAGCAAAAUGUCAAGGUAAGACCCUUAAUUUUGUGUGGACAGUGAGUAUACAUUUCCCUAAGCAACAGUUAUUCUAGAUAAAGAAUAAUAAAAGUAAUAAAUGAUUAAUUCUCCAAAUACACCCUUCUAAGGAGCACUGUCACAGGAAAUCAUGAGACUAUCCUAUUUCUCAGUCAUGUCUUUUUCUUUACUUGCUGGUAGGUUUUACUGCUUCAAGGUAACUGAACACACUGGCCUAGUUUGUCCAUAGUAUUAAUUCAUAAUUGUUUAAACAAACUAUAAUUAUCCAAACAGAAUCAGCUAUCAUGAUUUACUGUAUAGGAAUAAUCAAAAUCAGGAUUUCAAAUUCAUUUAUAAUCUUGGCUUUUAACUAUGUCAUUCUAUGAGAAACAAAAAUCCUAGUUCAUUUGUUGUUUGCUGUUUGAUCAGUAUACAAUUAUAAAUUUUGGAGCUACGAGCAAAUUACACUUAAAUCAAAAACAAGUGAAAGCUAUCCAACCUUAUGGUUAUACCAGAAUGCCGAAGUACCACUAUAUCCAACUCUUUUUAAGCUCUCAGGUCUUUUAGUCUUCUAUUUUUAUAAUUUAAUGCCAACAGGUUUUCUUUAAAAUACCUAAGAACAUAAUUGACUUCUUUAUAGUAUUGCUAUUUUCCAAACAGCCUAAAUAGUGAACAGGUACAAAGUUACAUUAUAUGUUAUAUACAGAGGGACUGUAUUAUAAACAAAGAUGAGCAUUUUUCCAGUUAUUACAUUGCUAUAAAGUCACUUCACAUAUCAUGUUCAAUAGUAAAUACUUCUAAUGUUUUACAAGACAUAAGUUGCUAUAUAUACAAUAGAAAUGAGCAAGUUUCAAAAUAAACUUCAUAAUUAAGAAAAAAAUCUUUGGGAUUUUUUUUCUGAAUAUUUUAGCUCAUUUAAAUAAAUGUAAAAAAAUAGCUUUCAUAUUUGAACAUAUUUCCUUGUAUGAACAAGUGCAUCUAUUUUAAGUACUUGUACAAAACAAUAAUUUAUAGAGUGAUUCCAUAUUUAAAAUAGGAUACACAUACACACACAGUAUUGUGCAAAAGUUUUAGGCAG